AUGGACACUUUGGAUGAACCAUUGGAUGUACUUAAAUUUUCAAUAGCAUAAUAAAUUUAUAUCAAAAUGAGAAAUAAUAUUGAACUAAAAGGAACUCUAGUCAGUUAUGACAAUCAUUUGAAUAUGAUAAUUAGUAAAGCUGAAGAAACAUCAAUUUAAGAAGGAAUCAAAACUAAAAGAAAAUUAGAUGCACUCUAUCUUAGAGGGGAUGGAAUCAUUUUAAUUAGUCCUUUAAAAAAAGGAAUCACUUCAUUAUGA